AUGAGGAUCGGAGGGUCGGGAAUCGAUGUUCGUAGUAAAUCAAGGACAUUAGCGAAACCGGUCGAACACCCUUCUGAGCUACCGAAAUGGAACUACGAUGGAUCGAGUACCGGACAAGCUCCUGGAGAAGACAGUGAAGUCAUUCUAUACCCACAAGCAAUCUUCAAGGAUCCAUUCCGAGGCGGCAAUAACAUUUUGGUCAUAUGUGAUACAUAUACACCACAAGGAGAGCCAAUCCCGACAAACAAACGCUACAAAGCUGCUCAGAUUUUCAGUGAUCCGAAAGUUGUGGCCGAAGUUCCAUGGUAUGGUAUCGAACAAGAAUAUACCCUACUCCAAACUAACGUAAAAUGGCCGCUCGGUUAGCCCGUUGGAGGCUACCCCGGCCCUCAGGGACCUUAUUACUGUGCUGCUGGAGCAGAUAAGUCGUUUGGUCGCGAUAUAUCCGAUGCACAUUACAAAGCUUGCUUAUACGCGGGGAUCAAUAUUAGUGGUACUAAUGGAGAAGUUAUGCCUGGUCAGUGGGAAUUCCAAGUUGGUCCUAGUGUUGGAAUCGAAGCUGGAGAUCACAUUUGGUGCGCGAGGUACCUUCUUGAGAGAAUUACAGAACAAGCUGGAGUUGUACUCUCUCUUGAUCCAAAACCAAUAGAGGGUGAUUGGAAUGGUGCUGGAUGCCACACUAAUUACAGCACGAAAAGUAUGAGAGAAGAAGGAGGAUUUGAAGUAAUAAAGAAAGCAAUCUACAACCUAUCACUUCGUCACAAAGAGCAUAUUAGUGCUUACGGAGAAGGAAACGAGAGAAGAUUGACCGGAAAGCACGAAACUGCCAGCAUCGACAAAUUUUCAUGGGGUGUUGCUAACCGUGGUUGCUCGAUUCGUGUGGGGCGUGACACUGAAAAGGAAGGGAAAGGUUAUUUGGAAGACAGGCGCCCUGCUUCGAACAUGGAUCCGUAUGUCGUGACUGCUUUACUUGCCGAAACUACACUUUUAUGGAAGCCAUAAAUCGCGAAUUAGCCAAAUAAAUUAAAUUAAAUUAUCGUUUUUAUUAGACUCGUUUGUCGGAUUUUUUUAUUUUUUUUUUGUAAAUAAAGGACUAAAAAAAUGAGCAAUGGCAAUUCCAAAGCUCAAAUAGUUCCUACAACUUUAGAUGUUGGGAUUUGGCCCUCAUUUUCACUUUGAUUUAUGUAUUUCUCAUUACUUUCAGGAAUUAAAUUUAAAAAAAAAUAGACAUUUUUUUUUUA